AGAUAUUUUUCCAUCCAUCUUCUCGGAUAAAGGAAUGCAAGAUAAUAGAGCAAAGUUAGGACAAGUCGACAUUGAAAACCCCAGAAUUUGGAAUUCAGAAUUCAUACGGAAUUGAACAGAUAAUUGUUUGUUCAACUGACCUGCAAAUCGGAAGCCAUCUCAUCGUCCUCGUCAUCUUCAUCCACAUGUUACAGUUGCAGAACUUCCAUGGCGUCCGCCUCAAAUUCGACCUCUGCGCUCCUCUCCGCUCCUUUCGCUCCACAAUCCCCUUCCCCAUUCACAGAAAUCAUACUAUUCACAGACUAAUUAGUGCCAAGUUCUCAGCCGAGCAUCACAACUUCACUAUCUCUUACCUCACAGACACUUGCGGAUUGCUGCCGGAAACCGCCAUUGUUGUGUCCGAGAAGGUCCAGCUUCACAACCGCGAAAAGCCGGACUCCGUUUUGGAGCUUCUCGAGAGCCAUGGUUUCUCCAAAUCGCAGAUAUCAAAGCUCGUCCGUAAACGCCCUUCACUUCUCCUCGCUAGCGUAAACCAAACUCUUCUCCCUAAACUGGAAUUCUUCUACUCCAUUGGCGCCUCGAGACUGGUUCUCGCUAGAGCCCUAACCUCCGACCCGACGGUUCUGACCCGAAGCUUGCAGAAUCAGAUUAUUCCUUCUUACAGGUAUCUGAAGAGCGUUUUGCUCUCGGACGCGAAAGUCGUCGCCGCGCUGAAACGAACGUCCUGGAUUUUCCUCGAGGAUCACACGAAGACUCUGAUGCCGAACAUCGACGUUUUGCGAGACGAAGGCGUGCCACAACCGUGCAUCGCGUUGUUACUGACGCAUUUCCCCGAGACUCUGAUGCAAAAAACGGACAGUUUCGAAGAAACCGUAGCCGAAAUCAAGGGAAUGGGCUUCGAUCCGAGCAAAUCCACCUUCGUGUUAGCGAUACACGCCAUUUCCGGCAAAGGAAACAGAUCGAUCUGGAACCGAUGCUACGAUGUGUACCGAAAGUGGGGCUGGACGAAGGAGGAGAUUCUAAUGGCGUUCAGAAAGCAUCCGCACUGCAUGAUCUUAUCGGAGGAGAAGAUCUCGAAAGGAAUGGAGUAUUUCACGGAGAAGAUGGGUAAAUCCGCGGGAACGAUCGCGAAAACUCCAGUGGUUCUGUUCUUCAGCUUGGAGAAGAGGAUCAUCCCGAGGUGUUCUGUGCUCAGAGUUCUGUCGGCCAGAGGAUUGGUGAAGAGAGAUUUGAGCUUGACGACGGUUCUGUUGCCAGUGGAGAAGCGAUUUCUGGAGACGUUCGUGAUCAAAUAUCUUGAGAACGUUCCUGAGCUGAUGGAUCUGUAUCAAGGGAAUGCCAAUCUUGAUGAAGUUUUGGCUUCAAAUUUUUAGGUACAUUUCAAACACAAUGGAUUUCAUCUUUUUGGUGGAUUUUUUUUUCAGCUCUCCA